AAACCAUCAUUUUCCAAGAGAUCGAAUGGUGAAGUAUUAUAAUGAUAAUGUAUGGAAGGCUAUUAAUGAAGUUCUACAAGGUCCACAAGCAAUAUGGCUUAUCGGACUUGGACUUGGGGAAGGUGACACAUUGGAGGAAAUCCAAUCAAUAUCCCAAUUUGUCUUAGAAGAUGGUUGUACAUUUAGAACAUGGAUAAAGCAUACAGACAUCGUAAAAGCAUGCAAGGAAUUAUUUGAGAAUGCGGUAAACUGGCAAUUUCAGGAAGGAAUAAUUAGUGAAGAAAAAAAGCAGGAAUCCCUAGAAUCGCUUAAAAUAGUUGAGUUAGCAGAACAGGUAUUUGGUGCUAAUCAUGCCGGAGGCAAACAUGCCAACGAGAUCAAUGAUUGGCAUCCUACUCCAGCUAGUAUACAUGAAAAUAUAAAGCAAUCUUGUAUCGAACAUGGGUAUGGAGAAUACUGGAAUACGCCUAAUUAUCAAGUCGAAAAUGUUAUAUGUAUAGACAUGAAGGAAUGCUAUCCAGCAAGCAUGCGUGGCCAAGGAGAAUGUUCACCAUGGUUUAAGCGGUUUGGGCAUCCAACACACCAUCUUGUCCGAGUAGCAGUGAACGGAGAAUUGCCACCUGAUGAUAUUACAGGAUUUGCGCAGGUAAGAUCUUUUAGAUUUGUUUCUAAUAUUCAUUUAGCAAUACCUGUUUGGUAUGGAAAACACUUUGCCUGUCGAGGUGAAGAAGGAUGUGGGAAGACAAAAGGUUGGACACCUAUU